GAGUCGUGAAGUGGCGAGGCGCGGAAGCGUUGCUUUACGGUUUGGAGGAACACGCCAGGCCGGCGUUCACUGCUAGUGACUUCUCUGCCCCACACGUGGGCCGCUGUCUGUAAUCCCGCCGGUAGCUCAUUUCUAUUGGCGUGGACCAGCCAUAUCGAAGGACAGAGCGGCAGCGGAUGCCAAGGGUCGUGAGCUGAUGGAUUUUGCUGCCGAGAAUGAAGAGACGUCGGGAGGCGGUCUCCAGAUUGGAGCUGAAGGGGCGCGGCUAUGUAUCCAGUCCGGUAGGGAGGGAGUUAGGGCCACAGCAGGGACGGAGGAGGCCUGCGGUGGAGAGGCGGGUUAUGGACCGACAGGAAUGGAAAAGAGAGCGGGUAGAGAAGAAGAAAGUGGACAAGGGGCGGAGGAAAUGCGAGUGGAUCUCACGGUCUUGAAGCAAGAAGUUAUGGACUGGUCGGGAAUGAAAGAAGGUGUGCUGCAUGGCCAGUGGGUCAAGCAGGAGGUGGAGGAUGGGCCUGAGGUGAAAGAGGAGAAACCGGACCCGUUGGAGGUGAAGCAGGAGAUGGGUGGUAGUUUGGUGGUAAAAGAAGAGAAGGUGGGGGAGCCAGAAGUAAAGGAAGAGAAAGUGAAAGUGAAGGAAGAGGUGAUGGACUGCCUAGAGGUGAAGGAAGAGAAGAAAGGAAAGUUGGAGAUAAAACAGGAGGAGGCGUUUGUUGGUCAGAACAUAAAAAAGGAGGAAAUGAUGGGUGAGGUGUGUGUAAAAGAAGAAAAGCAUUUCCCGAAGCAAGAAACGGUGGAUGAUACGAAGCUGAAAGAAGAGCCUCAGAUACAUUCCCCAGUGGGCUCCAAGCGGAAACUGGCCAUGUCAAGGUGUGAAACUUGUGGUACAGAAGAAGCAAAAUACAGAUGUCCACGUUGUAUGCGAUAUUCUUGCAGUUUGCCCUGUGUAAAGAAACACAAAGCAGAACUGACAUGUAAUGGAGUUCGAGAUAAAACGGCAUAUGUUUCAGUACAACAGUUUACUGAAAUGAAUCUCUUAAGUGAUUAUCGAUUUUUGGAAGAUGUGGCAAGAACAGCAGACCAUAUUUCCAGAGAUGCUUUAUUGAAAAGACCAUUAAGCAAUAAACAUAUGUACUUUAUGAAAAAUCGUGCCCGAAAGCAAGGUAUUAACUUAAAUCUUCUACCCAAUGGAUUCUCCAAGAGGAAAGAAAAUUCAACAUAUUUCGAUAAGAAAAAACAACAGUUUUGUUGGCAUGUAAAGCUCCAAUUUCCUCAGAGUCAAGCUGUAUAUAUAGAAAAAAGAGUACCAGAUGAUAAGACUAUUAAUGAAAUCCUAAGACCUUACAUUGAUCCUGAAAAGUCUGAUCCUGUAAUUCGUCAAAGGUUAAAAGUCUACAUUCGCUCUCAAACCGGGGUCCAAAUUUUAAUGAAGGUCGAACAUAUGCAGCAAAAUUUAGUAAGAUAUUAUGAACUGGAUCCUCAGAAAAGUCUCCGUGACAAUUUGAGGAACAAAGUAAUCAUUGAGUACCCAACAUUACAUGUGGUUUUAAAAGAAUCCAGUAAUGACAUGAAAGUUCUUCACCAAGUAAAAAGUGAAUCUACCAAGAACAUUGGCAAUGAAAAUUGAGCACUUCUGGAGGAAGAAAAUUCCGAGCCAGUUGCAGAGGACUAUGCGUUGAGUAGCUGUUGGAUGAUUGGGGUAUUGUCGGUGGGUGGUUGGAAUUUUUGUUUCUCUGAAAAGUAAUUAAACAAUCUAAUUUUUUUUUUUCAAAAACGUGUUUUCUAGCCUCUCGAAUUGAGUUGCAAGGCCCUUAUUCCUAUUAACAACCCCUUUUUUUGCACCUAAUUGACAUAAUGCUUAUUUUAAUUUGGCCCUGCUGCGUUCUGUAGGCUGAAAACUUUUCUGUUUGUUAGUUUGAUGCAACACCAAACCCAGGGAUCACCUGUGCCGGCCACAAAGUUGGCAUUCUCUUUAGUGGGACCUCAUUAAACAGAAAGGCUGUGGACACAUCUAGCCAUCAGUUGCCCAUUCUUGUCUUGAGACGACUGAAUGGGUCUUUUAUACUUAGGUAAGACCAGUACAAUGUCCUGUGGAAAGGCUGAAUAAAUGCUAUUAACUGCCAUUUCAACAUUCAGUUCAUAAAACCAGCGGCUCCACAUUGUUGUUUGAACCCUCAGUGCUCCCCAGUUUCGCUGUACUUGUUCACACGGUGAGCUGUGUCUUACUAUGAACUCUGUGCCUUUCAUCCCAUUUCCACUCCAUCUUGUCCCUGCCACACAGGGGUCUUGUGAUGACCGGUUUUAUGCUGUGUUUUGAAUCAUCUAGCAAUAACUAAAGAAAAAAACACUUGGAACUCUUCAGUGUUAUUGGAAUGUAUAUGUGUAUUUCUGUAUAUACCUGGCUUAAUUUAUACCUUAUGGCAGCUCUAUACAUUGUGAUCUCACAUAUUGAAAUGAAAUUUUCCUAGUUUUAUUGGAAUUUAUACAGUUAUGAAAUUGCAACAUGACUAUAAGAGUAAAAGAUUAUUACAUCUGUA